UUAAAUGUAUUUAGUGUUACUGGAUGUAAUAUCGUAAUGCUUUGUCAAACGCUGAUUGUUGGUCUGUCGUAAAUUGUGCGACAUUUAUGAGUGAUAUUUUUCUUUGAGUAAAACGAAUCAACACUUUGCAUUUCUUUUUCGUUCUAUCGAUUAAUUCUAGCAUUUUAAAAGUGAAAACUCUGUGAAGAUGGAGCGUGAUGGCAGUAUUACAGAAGCAUGCAGAAUAAAAGAUGAAGAGAAUGAAACAAAAAGAGACCUGAUGGAGCUGAGUGACGAAAGUCAAAAUCUGGAUGAAUUGGAGGAGGAACAUCAGUAUCGGAAACCUGAUUGUGUCAUUACUGGAGAACAAUCUUCUAAUUGCUCACAGACUGAAAAGAAACUCUCACAAAAAAGAACAGGAUCCAAAAAAUCUUUCACCUGCCAUGAGUGUGGAAGAAGCUUUCAACGUGAAGGACACCUCUUAGGUCACACGAAAAUUCAUACUGGCCAGAGCCCUUUCACCUGCCAACUAUGUGGAAAGUGUUUCACUCAGAAAGGAACCUUGAAGAGUCACGUGAGAACUCACACUGGAGAAAAGCCUUUCACAUGCCCUCAAUGUGGAAAGAGAUUCUCAGAUAAAGGGACCCUUAAGAAUCACAUAAAAUUUCACACUGGAGAGAACUGUUUUCCAUGCCAUCAGUGUGGAAAGAGUUUCACACUAAAAGUGUAUCUUAAGGGUCACUUGAGAACUCAUUCUGGAGAGAAGCCUUUCACAUGCAUCCAGUGUGGAAAGAGUUUUGUACGUAAAGUUAACCUAGAGCAUCACAUGAGACUUCAUACUGGAGAGAAGCCGUUCACGUGCCAUCAGUGUGGAAAGAGUUUCACUUGCAAAGGACGUCUCCAGUGUCACACAAUUACUCACUCUGAAGAGAGCCCUUUUACAUGUCCUCAGUGUGGAAAGGGUUUCAAAAAAAGGGAACACCUUAAGAAUCACAUGAGAAUUCACACUGGAGAGAAGCCUUUCACAUGCCAUCAUUGUGGAAAGAGUUUCAAUCAAAAAGGAAACCUUCAGAGUCACAUGGCGAUUCACAAUGAGGAGAAGCCUUUUACGUGUCCUCAAUGUGGAAAGAGUUUCAAACGUACAGGAGACCUUAAGAGUCACAUUAGAAUUCACACUGAAGAGAGAUGAUGACUUAAACCAUACCAGGGAAUGUAUAAUGCAGAAACACCUUGACAAGGGCUCACAUUGAGGAAGGAUAUAUAUGCAUUAUUUCGAUUUUAGGCAUGGGACAUAUUCAUGGACUCACAGCACCUCCCGAGAUGUUCUGAGAUAAUUUGCAGCGUUCUCAUAGACGACAUUAUUCUUGCAAACAGUUUUCAGAGUGAAAACUCUUUACAUGCGCUUGUUCCACGAGACCUGUUCCAGCUCGCGCUGCACGCCUCAGAACAAACAGCCAAUCAGACACGAGCAGUAGCUCUUUCCAUCCAAGGUGUGAAUUUAAUUUAUGCGAAAAAUCUGAAAAACAAUGUGCGGAUAAAGCAGCGUUUACAUCCCUUGCGUUCAAACGAACUAAAUCGUCACUUCCGGGGAAAUUGUAGCGACUGUGUGACUCAUUUAUUAAUAAACGUGGUUUAGGACGUGCAGACAAAACACUGAAUUAACUCAUUUCAUGACUGGAAAAGACAGCACGUCACACAGUUCUGGGAGCACUAUGUGUGUGUGUUCCUCCGUCAUAACGUUGUGGUGGGGAUCUAUAAGAUAUUCAUUAAAAGUAUCAGUAAACAAGUUUGUGUCAAUAAACGUACUUGCUCUGCAAACUCUUCGCAGGCGUUGGAUUUUUAGGACACCGGUAUUUCAGAAUGACCAGGGCAACAAUUCAGAUGCGAUGAUUGGUCCGCUGGUUCGUUCAGUUAUGAAUUAAUUAUUCAGUCACGUGAUCUUUUGAUUCGCAUCUUGUUAAAUUCAAUAGGAAUUUAUUCGGUAAAUGUGUUUCCAUCAUAAUUUAUGCGCAUUUCUUCUUAUCAAAUAUAAAACGUAUCCAUCUCAAGUGAGCGUUUAAGUUUUCCAUGCACAUCUUGGAGAUUUUAAUCGCAUCUUGGUGUUUCAAUCCAGCAGAUUUUUUGCGAUAUUUUAAAAUGAGCAUAAAAAAGCAUUGAUGGAAACAUAGCUAUUGACGGCUUUACUUUUGUCUGCUCUAAAAAAUAUAAUAAAGUGUGUUUUUUAAAGCACGUGUCUUUAUGACAUUUGCCACCUGUUGCGGGUAGUUGAGCAAAAUUACCCACGGAUAAAAUACAUUUGGAGGAGGAGCUUGCGAACUCGAUUCAGCCUCGUCGCAUUUGGCGGGUGCUAGUUUCGCACCCUGGUCACUGUUUAAUAUAUUUGGCGACUUCCCAGAUCCAUCGUUAUACCAUUUUCCAAUAUUGCCGAUCAUGUUUGUUUGGAAUCCCCAUCGGGAUUUUUGUAAGAUAUCAUCGAUAUCCGAUUACAUCGUCCUAUCGCCCAGUUCACCAUACAAGCUAGAACCACCACUGCAUACACAUACACUUGUACAUUCUUACCGUUUCUGCCAGUUACCAAGUGCAUUAAUACAUUUUCUAUAGCUGGGUUUCCAUCCACGUUUAUGUGCAUUUUGGGAUAUCGCGUAAACACUGCUGGAUGGAAACGUGGAAAUGUGACUAUUUGCACAUUGUUUUUACAAUAUUAUGGUUUUUCUCAUAAAUUAAAUUCUCAACUUGGAUGUUGCGUUUCAUGUUUUCAUAAACUUGUAACAAUAUCUAAGCUUUUCCAAAGACAACUCCUGUAUCCGUUGCUUUAUAUUGGGGCUAUUAGUUUAGGACAUUUAGGGAUAUUUUGGAUCAACACCAAAGGCAAAGAGUUUAACACCAUUUCCCAAAAUAGAGGUGAAUUAGGCGGCAUUCCCAUAAGCAGUGAAAUCCUUUCUCUGAAUUACAUUGACACAAUGAUCAGGAAUAUUCGGAAUACAUUUAUGUAAUCAUUUGCGUGUUAUAUAUAAAUAUACUCUCAUAAUCCAUUUAUACUGCAUCCGUUUAAAAGAAAACAGUUUUACUGCUUCAGAAACCCUGAAAGGACAUGAUUGUGUCACGCUGUAAAGAAGACCCCUUCAUAUGGGAUGAAUUUACCUACAAGGUGAGAUGUCUCAGAGGGAAACUAACUGUAGCAGAGAAGUUUGUGCUUGUUCUAGUCAAAAGGGGGCGGAAAAAUGUGUUUGGCAGUUUGCCUGUGGAAAUGUCUGGUGUGGAGUUACUUUGAAUUGGGGAGAAUAAAU